UCCUUAAUCAUAGGAACGAGUAUGAGGAGGGCAGAGGAGCCCGGGGACCAGGACCUGAGACACCACAGUAGGACACAGAGACCAGACUGGAGAAGGUCGGCUUCUAAAGCCUCCACUGUAGAGAUGGGAAUUGUGAAACGUGGAUGGAAAUCCUUGGAGCCAGGAGUUGGGCAGUGACUGGAUGCUGUGAUCUGGCCAUUGAGACCUCCUCAGAGAACCAGAACUGGCCAUUGAGACCUCCUCAGAGAACCAGAACUGGCCAGGGAGAUAUUGAGGGUUAAGCCCAGGCAGACAGGCUUGAAGACCAAGAGGUGGCCAUAGAGACAUGGUUAUUAAGAACGUAAGCCAAGAGUUGGGCAGUGAGACCUGAUCAGGGAAACUUGGGUGACCUACUAAGUAAGACCUGGGAGAUAAGAGACCUGAUAGGGGACGCAUGGACGACGAGAUUUGAACACUGAGACCUCAUUGGAGCUGAGGAACCUUGAAUGGUGACCCACGAGAGUCCAGACAGCACUAUGGUUUAUUGGUAAAGAAGAACUAAUAUGCCUCUUCUAGACCCAAGAUCUCUUCCAGCACCGCAGCUUUGGGAAGCAUCUUUUGAUGGUGAAAGUGCAAGGUUUAGUGUUGAAGACCCCUAUCAGGGGUCCUCUGCCCCCCAGGCCAGAAGGAAACUCCAUGUUGUAGUCUGUAGGCUCCUUGUGGAGCUUUGUGAGAGAUUCACCUUUUUUGGGACAGUCUGCAACAUGAUAUUGUUCUGUACCAUUAAGCUGGGCUAUCGCAACCAUGAAGCGGCCAUCGUCAACUUGUGCUUUGUUGGAAUUUCAACUCUGUCCCCGGUGCUGAUUGGUUGGUUGUCUGAGAACUGCACUCGAAGGAGCAGAGUCAUCUACUUAUGUGCCUUUCUGCACUUUGUAGGUACUGCGCUGCUGCCCGUAGUUGCGUUUCCUUUCGAAGAUUUUUACAUAGACGUUCAUCACAUCGUCCACACGUUGGCCAAAAAGGAACAAAGCCUUUUGUUCUACACAGGGCUACUAAUGGCGGCCAUUGGCACCGGGGGCAUUCGCGCCAUCAUCUGCCCUUUGAGUGCCUACAGUCUUCAGGAAUACGAUUGGAGGAAGCUCACCUCAUUUUUCAAUUGGUUUUAUUGGCUGAUGAACCUGAACUCCCUGGUUGUGUUUAUGGGCAUCUCUUAUAUCCAGCAGUCGGUGGCACAGAACCUGGGCUUCCUCAUCCCAUUCAUGUCAGUGGUCAUGGCCCUGAUAACCAUCCACAUGGUGCGCAAUGAGCUCUUGUACCAGCCCAGGAAAGGGGGUUCUCUGCUGGUCACACUCGGAGUCUUUACGAACGCGGUGAGGAUGUGUUGCACCAACUACCGUCACCUUGGUGGGCGCGUCAGUACGUGGCUUGAUUGUGCAAAAGAGAACAAUGGAGGACGUUACAGUGAAUCCCACGUGGAGAACACCAAGGCCCUCUUCAGACUCUUCCCACUCUUCAGCUUUCAGCUCCUUUAUAGAAUUUGCAUUAUGCAGACAUCAUCAGGAUACUUCAUUCAAACGAUGAAUUCAAACUUGAAUUUCUAUGGACUUCUCCUCCCGAUUGCUGCCAUGACGAUUAUAAGCAUCAUCCCUCAGCUGAUCCUCGCUCCUUGCUUCGAGUGCCUCAACUCGCGCUUCUUCCCCAGACUUGGCCACGGGCCGACCCCGUCCGGCUCUAUAAUCUGCGGCCAUCUCUGUGCGGCUCUUUCCCUUCUGUUGGCCGGGAUCUAUGAGCUUUAUAGGAAGGAUUUCCCAUUGGUGGAGCAGACCCUCUCCGGAAAGGUUCUACUGGUUUCCUCCAUGCCCUCUUACCAACUGGCGCCACAGUAUGUUCUGCUGGGAGUCGCCGAGGCACUGGUUCUUCCCUGCUGUUCGGUUAUAACAGUGAAGCUGGUGCCGGGGCAGGUUCGGGGCAUCGCCAUGCACAUUCUCAGCCUGUUCGGCGCCGCCGGCUGCUUCCUGGGAGCCCUGCUGGCCGGAGUGGCCUUUUCAGCUUCGGGCGGGAAUUGGUACCCAGCCUUCCUGCCUCUGGGGCACUUAGAGAGAUUCUACUUCUUUGUGGGGUCACUUGGCCUCCUGAAUACCCUCUGCUUCUGGAAAAUCUCCCACAGGUACAAUGAUCUGGAGCAGGAGAUGGAGCUGGGAUUCCGGGGGAGUCGAUUGGAGGAGAAACUGAUCCAACACGAGAGAUCUCUCAGGUUCUACGAGAGUGUCCUGGACUGGACUUACCCCUUCUCUCCUAUGGAGACGGCUGUCUAAUUGCACAUUGGCACAUUGGCGCGGGCACUGCCAGGCUCAGGGGCCCUGGGCUCAAAUGGAACUUCUCAAUGACCCAAUGGGAACUAUGUAGUGGGGCCACUAUGGGCACUGAGCGGAGGGCAAUUGUUCUUGACCCUCUAAAGCCCCAAAAAGUGGGGCAGCCCCCCGAGGAGGGAGCAGAACAGCCCCAGGGGCAUCAGUCUGAGGGUCAGUUGGGAAGAUGCACAGAUGGACGGUCUCCUGGUGAGAUUUGGGGGUCCCUUGUGGGAAAGAACAGUUAGUAGAUAUGUUAAAUAUAUAAAUAAGGGGUGUCUAAGCUGUGGCCCCCCAGCCGUGGCUUUGCUGUGCCCCCCACUUCCCGCCCACAG